CAUGCAGAGCAGGGUUCUAUAAGUCUCUGCUGGGUAACGUCCAGUGUUCUAAGUGUCCACCCCACAGCUUCACCCAUCACGAGGGAGCUCUACACUGUGGCUGUGAGAAAAACUACUUCCGCGCUGAUGGAGACCCGCCAUCUACGGCCUGCACACGUCCUCCCUCAGCUCCUCGUAAUGUGAUCUCAGUCAUCAACGAAACCUCAGUGAUUCUGGACUGGUCCUGGCCAGAGGACACGGGAGGUCGUAAGGAUGUCACCUUCACCGUGCUGUGUAAGCUCUGCAGGCCUGGCCAGAGGGUGUGUGAGGCAUGUCGCAGCAAUGUGCGGUUCCUCCCCCGUGCUGCGGGCCUGCAGAACACUACCGUAACAGUGGGAGACCUGCUGGCUCACACCAACUACACUUUCGAGAUUGAGGCUCAGAAUGGAGUGUCCCAGUUAGCUCCAACCAUGAGGCAAUAUGCUGCGGUGACCAUCACUACCAACCAAGCAGCCCCUUCUCCUGUGACUGUGAUCAGGAAGGAUCGCACGUCUCGUAACAGCAUCUCUCUGUCCUGGCUGGAACCAGAGAGACCCAAUGGCAUCAUACUGGACUACGAGGUCAAAUACUACGAGAAGCAGGAGCAGGAGACCAGCUACACCAUCCUGCGCUCUAAGGGUUGUAACGUGACGUUAAGCGGUCUGAAGGCAGACACCUCAUACCUGCUCCAGAUCAGGGCCAGGACUGCAGCAGGAUAUGGAGCCAGCAGCAGGAGCUUUGAGUUUGAGACCAGCCCUGACUCAUUCUCUAUCUCCAGUGAGAGUAGUCAGGUGGUGUUGAUAGCCAUCUCCUCCGCUGCGGCCAUCAUCCUGCUCACUGUCCUCCUCUACAUCGUGAUUGGCAGGUUCUGUGGCUACAGGAGGUCUAAACACCCUGAUGAGAAGAGACUGCACUUUGGCAAUGGACACUUGCGUCUGCCAGGUAUAAGGACCUACGUAGACCCUCACACCUAUGAAGACCCCAGUCAGGCCGUCCAUGAGUUUGCCAAGGAGCUGGAUGCUUCCUGUAUCGCCAUCGACAAGGUGGUGGGAGCAGGUGAGUUUGGGGAGGUGUGCAGCGGUCGUCUGCGUCUGCCCAGUAAGAAGGAGAACUGUGUGGCCAUCAAGACUCUGAAGGCAGGAUACACCGACAAACAGAGACGGGACUUCCUGUCUGAAGCGUCCAUCAUGGGGCAGUUUGACCAUCCAAACAUCAUCAGGCUGGAGGGAGUGGUCACCAGGAGUAAACCUGUGAUGAUAGUAACUGAAUACAUGGAGAAUGGAUCCUUGGACAGCUUUCUGAGAAAACACGAUGCCCAGUUUACUGGUAUCCAGUUGGUGGGCAUGCUGCGUGGCAUUGCGUCAGGCAUGAAGUACCUCUCUGACAUGGGCUACGUCCACAGAGACUUGGCCGCCCGCAACAUUCUGGUCAACAGCAACCUGGUGUGUAAGGUGUCUGACUUCGGCCUGUCCAGAGUCCUGGAGGACGACCCCGAGGCUGCUUACACCACACGGGGAGGUAAGAUCCCUAUCAGGUGGACAGCUCCAGAGGCUAUCUCCUACAGGAAGUUCACCUCGGCCAGCGACGCCUGGAGCUAUGGCAUCGUGCUCUGGGAAGUGAUGUCAUACGGGGAGCGGCCUUACUGGGAGAUGUCCAAUCAGGACGUUAUCAAAGCAGUAGAUGAGGGCUACAGACUGCCUCCUCCUAUGGACUGUCCUGCUACUCUGUACCAGCUGAUGUUGGACUGCUGGCAGAAGGAGAGGAACAACAGACCCAAGUUUGAACAGAUCGUCAGCAUCCUGGAUAAACUCAUACGCAACCCUGGGAGCCUGAAGAUCACAGCCAACACCUCACCCAGGCCAGCCAACCUGCUCCUGGACAGGAGUAGUUCCGAGGUGGUUCAGUCAUUGGGAACAAUGGGGGAUUGGCUGGACAACGUGAGGACUCUGCCCUGUAAGGAAGCCUUCUCUGGGGUCAGCUACAGCUCCUGUGACACCCUGCCCAAGACCUCCGCAGAGGACCUAAAGAAGGUUGGUGUGACUAUCGUCGGCCCCCAGAAGAACAUUGUGAGCAGCAUCAAAGCACUAGAGAGCCACAGUAAGAACGCCCCUGUCCCAGUGUAACUCGACCGAGCCACUAGAGACUGGCUGUCUGGCUGACUGGCUGCCCUCUGGGCCCCGUUCCAAUCUGAAUGAAACCCCUCUGGGCCCUGUUCCAAUCUGAAUAAAGUCCCUCUGGGCGACGUUCCAUUCUGAAUGAAGCCCCUCUGGGCUCCGUUCCAAUAUGAUUUAAAGUGUCUCCCCUUCAGACCUCUGUGAACGUUUCAAUGACGUUCCUUCCACAAGGGAGGCUUCCCUUUGCGAGGGGUAGUGAUGGGGAGAGGAGGGCCUCAUUGGAUUAGAACAGCCCUCUGAUCUCUCUAACAUACAGGAAGGAAGUCCCAAACUAAAGGAGGAAGUAGACACUCCACACAAAUGCUGAGAUGCCUUACUCAGAACAGGAGAGGAGAGGAGAGAACCUGGCCUUGGACCUUGGGGCAUGGCGAUAAAGGGCUGGUGCUGGGAUUGGAUAACGUGGGGCAGCAGGGCCCUUUGUGUGACCUAUAGUGGUAAGGGGCUCGUUGGGAACUGAUCCAAUCGUGAUCCUGUGGACUUGACUGACAACUCUUUAACUCUGGAGAGGGGGACAUUAAAUGCCUUGAGUAGAAUAAUGCAGUCAGCAGGAGCAAUUCACUCACAUCAACCUGGAGCAGACAGAAGCAGACCUGGAGAUUCAUUCAUGAACUUUGAGACGCUGGACUCCCACCACUGAAGACCCCACUCACUCUCACAGAGAAGGACUGAUACCACUCUGUGUGUCUGUGUGUCUGUGAGUGUGUGCUCCUGUGUUACUCAAGAGAAAGUCAGCUUGAGAAAGAAGCCAAACCAUUGGAUGGGCACCCAGACUACAAUAAGCUAUGUUUCCCCUAGCUAAUAGCCUACAGUCUGAAAACAGUUGAUGUCAAACAGAAAGCAAUAAUCACAACAAUCAGUUUAUCACUUUGAUCAACCAGAACCAAUGAGACUCACACAGUUUACGCUGAUGGUUCACAGGACAUAUCAGACCACAUACAGAACUGUAAUUAACUGCCACAAGUCUGCUUAUUAUACCGUAGGUAAUGAUACAUCACUCCAAGCUUCCUUAUUCCUACCCCUAGUGUGAAAUCUCAGUAUGUGUUAUUCAUUCAAACUAAAGCAGGAUAGAGAGAAAAGGAGAGAUCGAGAAAGAGAGGUAGAAGUAGAGAGAGAUGUGGAGGGAGAGAGGAAUAGAGAAGGAAAUGCAGAGAGAGACAGACAGACAGACAGAGAGAGAGAGACUGACAGAGAGAGAGGUAGAGAGAGAAUACCUUGCAACCGACUACUCCAGAGCAUAUUCUGCUCUGUAAGGUAGAUAGAUGACACUCAAUGACCCCGAGCUCUUCUAAUGCUUUCUUCCAGCAGCGGUGGAGAUCUCACAACUCACUGGAAACAACGAGUGUGUGAGUGUUAUACAUCUCUGGAGCAGACAAUGAUUCUCUCUGGAAACAACGAGUGUGUGAGUGUUAUACAUCUCUGGAGCAGACAAUGAUUCUCUCUGAUCUGAACAAUGUUGCGUGUGGAUGCGUGAUAGCACCCCCGUCUGUCCCCUGCCCGCCUGUUGCCCUUAGCUGCUGUUGUAUGUUCUAUUAGCAUGUACAUAUGUAAACAACCAUGUAACUAUAGCUACUAGCAGGACAGUCCCCUUCCAUAGCCAUCCCUUUGUACAAAUGGUUCUAUGUAUAAAAGAAUGAACAAAAAUAUCUGUGCAACAUUUUGAAAAGGCAAAAAUUAUUUGUAUUAUAUUUGAUGUUAUUUUGUCUUAUAUUUGUUUUUUACAUUAAAAAAGCAAUUAUAAUAACCUAUUAUUUAUUUGUUAACAUAUACAGUGCAUAAGUGUAGUGUUUUGUUUGUAGCAGACAGUAGGUUAUAACAUGGUUCUGUGACAGCGUCGUCAAUGUUUUCUGUUUUCUUUAUAAUCAUGGACAUUUGGAAGAGCAAUACUGUUAACCACCCCCUCCCUAACUGUUAACCACCCCCUCCCUAACUGUUAACCACCCCCUCCCUAACUGUUAACCACCCCCUCCCUAACUGUUAACCAGUCCCUCCCUAACUGUUAACCACCCCCUCCCUAAUUGUUAACCACCCCCUCCCUAACUGUUAACCACCCCCUCCCUAACUGUUAACCAGCCCCUCCCUAACUGUUAACCAGCCCCUCCCUAACUGUUAACCACCCCCACCCUAACUGUUAACCACCCCUCCCUAACUGUUAACCACCCCCUCCCUAACUGUUAACCACCCCCUCCCUAACUGUUAACCACCCCCUCCCUAACUGUUAACCACCCCCUCCCUAACUGUUAACCAGCCCCUCCCUAACUGUUAACCAGCCCCUCCCUAACUGUUAACCACCCCCCCCUAACUGUUAACCACCCCCUCCCUAACUGUUAACCAGCCCCUCCCUAACUGUUAACCAGACCCUCCCUAACUGUUAACCACCCCCUCCCUAACUGUUAACCAGCCCCUCCCUAACUGUUAACCACCCCCUCCCUACUCUUUUAGCUUUCUUUAGAUGAACGUGUGUGCGUGUGUAUGUGUGUGCAUGCAAGCGUGGGUGUGUGUCUCUGUGUGUGUGUGUGUGUGUGUGUGUGUGUGUGUGUGUGUGUGUGUGUGUGUGUGUGUGUGUGUGUGUGUGUGUGUGUGUGUGUGUGUGUGUGUGUGUGUGUGUGUGUGUGUGUGUGUGUGUGUGUGUGUGUGCUUGUGCAAAUGUAAAAGGCCUUGUCUACUAAUGUUAAAUGAUUUGUAGUGGAAACAUUUAUAUUUUUAUAAUAAACAUUCUUAAAAUAUUUUUGGAAAAAUUAAUGCA